AUGACAUUCAAAGUCAAAGAUGCGCCUAAGCCCUCCGCCUUCUGUAGACGAGACGCGAUUGAGCACGGAGGCUGCGGCAGGCCGGCAACUCGGCAGCAUGAGUCGCAGAUCACGCAAAUGGCGGCUUGCGAGAGCAUAGCUCGACAAAGGACGAAAUGUGCCACAAUGGGGCUUGCCGGGAAAGUCGGAAGUCGGAUAGCAUCUUCGCAGGCAGAGAACGACCGGCUCCCCGACCUCCUCCUCCUCCUCCUCCCUCGUCUCGGAUGCUGGGCCCCCUGCCCGUCCUGGUCCUCAGGCUGUGAUACUAUGUACAAAAAGGUCAGUCAGUCCCUGCGCGGGAAGCUCGGAGGCUUCUUCGCUGCGUGGCUGAGUCUGUGUCUCUCCAUCUCCACAGCUGGGAGCUGUCAACUCCGCUCACUGGAUCGGAGCGACGGGGCGACAGGCGACGGGCGACAGGCGGCGAACGGUAGCUGAGAAAAAAAGACUGGGCCGUCCUGGGGUCUCGGUCUCCUCACAGGGCCCUGGGAGGCCUCGACACUGUGCCUCGCAAAAGGGCCCUGUCUGGUGCGACGCCACUUGACGUAAAACAUGGCGGCCGCGGAAUACGCGUUUCGGUGAGUGAGGAGGGACGGACGGAGGUAUCAACGUUCGCACUGCCGAUACGUAUCUGGCAUUUUAGGCUCCUGAGGCAGCUAAGCAACUUAACUGCCGCCACAUUCCCCCAUUCUGUCACCCGC